CAUAUCAUAACUAUAGGUUACCGGUGAUAAAGGCCUAUUUUAAAAAGCGCAUUUCAAAUUCGUGUUCUUUCACAUCAUGUCAUUCAACGCAGUGCCACUGUGCGCGUUUUUGUGCGUGCUUGGUUUCGCAACCGCCUUCAUUUUUCCACCGUUUCCAAAAAAGGAAGCUGAAGACCGUUUCAAUCCGGAUGAUGUAGUGCUUCUUCAUGUGGUGUUUAGACAUGGCGACAGAACCAGAGACAAGGAAACGUACCGAAAGGACCCUUACAUCAAUGAAACGUUUUAUCCCUAUGGUUAUGGGCAACUUGUCAAUGCAGGAAAACUACGAGAAUACAACAUUGGCAAGAGCAUACAAAAGAAGUAUAGUAAAUUCUUGGGUGACCUUUACACGCCUUCUGUGCUAGAUGCUCGAUCCACUGACUUCAACAGAACGAAAAUGUCUCUAUUACUGGUCUUGGCAGGUUUGUUCCCACCAAAAGGCAAACAACAAUGGCUUCCAGGUCUAGAUUGGCAACCAAUACCUUACAAUUAUAUGGGGGCACCUGAAGACUUUCUUCUUGGAGAUCCAUUGACCAAUUGUCCUGCAUUUUCGAAUGAAUUGAAUAGCUAUAUGGCUUCUCCAAAAGGCAUGGAACUUUUUAGUGAAGAUGAACGUUUGUACGAAUAUCUGUCCACACAUACAGGCGAAAAUAUGGUUAACCCAUUAGGACCCUACGGUCUAUUUUUUUCUCUAGCCACUGAAGAAGAAUGGGGACUCGAGCUACCUUCCUGGACCAAAAAAGUGUGGCCGGAAGAUAUAACCAAAGCCGGAAGUAAACUGUUUCCUCUUUACACCGGAACCAAAAGUCUCACAAAAUAUUCUGCUGGACCCCUAUUAAAAAAAAUUAUAGAAGAUACGAAUGCCAAAAUAGAAGGUAAAUUAAAUCCUCAGGAUAGAAAGAUAUUUCUGUAUUCAGGACACGAAAGAAAUGUAGGAGUUAUGUUAAGUGCUCUGGGAAUUUUUGAACGAUUGCAUAUUCCUCCGUACGGUUCAUACAUUCUCUUCGAAGUUAGCCGGGUGAAGGAAUCGUACGGCAUGAGGAUUUACUACGAAGACUACAGAAAAUCUGAACCACAAGUAAUGAAAAUACCAGGAUGUUCGGAACUGUGCGAUUUAAAGAAGUUUGAGUCCUUAUUUUAUGAUGUUCUACCAAAAAAAGGAGACAGCUGUAACCAUUAUUUCAAGUAUUUUCGUUCAGUAGUUUAUAAUUUUUUAAGUACCUAUGUCCUGUUUAAGGAAAUUAACUCGAGAUUCGCUAUCACUUCGAUAAGCAAUGCGGUGACGCUGCGUUUCACUCAAACUCCCACUGUAAUGUUUUGUUUAGCAAACGGUAUAUAUCAUGAAAGUGACCAUUGUUGGGUCAAAGGUGAGAUUUAUAGAAAGUUGUCUGAAGCUUCCACCUCACAAACGUAUUAUUGCUCUUGGAUACUGCAAAUCGGGAUGGAGAAACUAAUUUUGCUUCUGUUUGUUUUUACGUGCGGGGGUGGCCAUCCCAUAGGAAACGAGGAAACUGAAUUGAAACUAGUUUUUAUAAUUUUUCGGCAUUCCGAAAGAGUUCCAGAAACUAAUGAACAGUAUCCCAAUGAUGAAUAUCCAAUAAGUUAUUUCCAUCCUCUUACGUAUGGUGACAUUACAAAGGAAGGAAAACAAAGGAUGUUUGCUCUGGGACAGAAACUGAGGAAAAGGUACGAAAACUUUGUUCAGUACACGUCACAGAAUGUUGCCACGUUUUCCACAGAUUGGGAUCGUACCAAAAUAAGUGCUCUACUUUUACUUGCCGGAAUGUUUCCGCCAAGUCCUUCGGAAGUUUGGAACCCUGAAAUGCCGUGGCAACCAAUUCCGUAUACAAUUCGGGAUUCAGAACAUGACCAUCUUCUACAAAGACCUGACCCCUACUGUCCAAGAUAUGUAAAAAUACUGAAUAAAGUUAUGAAAUCUCGUCAGGUCAAAAACAUUUAUCGAAAAUAUGAUAGCGUCUUUAAGUAUAUUUCGGAAAACAGCGGACGAGUUGUGAAUAAUUUCCAUGAUGCGCUACGAAUUUAUCAAAACCUACAUUCAAAGAGUUUAAUGAAUUUGACUGUACCAGAAUGGGCUAAAAGUGUAUACCCUGAACCUCUCGCUACUAUAGGAUCCUUUCAGUGUAUGUUUGAAAACUACAAUAAAAUUCUAGUAAGACUUAAUGGAGGACAUAUUCUUCAAAAGAUUAUCGAUCUUUCGAAGAAGAAAAUAGAAAAUCGACUGCAACCAAAAGGAAGGAAACUGUAUUUAUUUUCAGGACACGAAAAUAAUAUAGUUAAUAUUCUGGCGACAUUAAAGCUUUAUAAACAGCACAUUCCACCUUACAGCAGCGCAGUAAUUUUGGAGCUUCACAAGGGAAAAUAUUCUGAGCAAUACAGCUUUAAGGUUUUAUACGAAAACUCCACGUACACUCCAGACAUCCACGAAAUGGUUAUACCAGAAUGUGAAGUAUUAUGCCCACUAAAUACAUUUCUUAAACUGACCAGGCCUUUCGUUCCACUUAAUUACACCGCAGAAUGUGAAUCGUCGGUUAAUUUAGAUGACUACCCCCUGUGAUUCCUAUAAACCCUGUGAUGGAUCCGAUCACAGAAAGGUUUCAAAGUACAAAACGAAUCAAAUCCAUCGUCUGAUUACGUGGUUCCCACAGUAUUUCAUGCAAGUAAAUAAUGUUUUAGAAGAAUUUGCAGGCAAAUCUUUUAAAAAGUACUUGAGAUAAUGCUCGCCUAUCUUUCCUCACUUAGUGGAUAAGGAAAUAUAAUUGAAAAUAAGUGGAAUAUAAAGCAGGAAAGUUCAGCAUUAAUAGGUAAUAAAAAUAAAUAGAAAAUAAAUAACUCUCGAUGUCUGAAAGGGUAAGAUUAGCCGGUGGGGCUGAUUCAAGACUGAUUAGGCUGAUUGUAACACGUUUCAUAUCAUAUUUAUAUCUGUUAAAGUAAAUGUUAAUAAAGUUAUCGUAGUGUC